UGCGUCAAUUUCUGCUUGAAUCCAAUUUCUCCGCACAAGUGAAUACACGACGAGAUAAAUAUUGUCGGCGAGCAAUAAUCUAUGAAAAUAUGUAAAUAAAAGGAAGAAUAUCUGUUUUUUCAAAGUUGAAAGAAGAAUUUAAAAAAUUGUAUCGCCAAUCACAAAUAUAAUAUCGAAUAAGAUUUUGUAUGGGAGACGAGCGAACCAGCUGAGGUUGACAGACGAGCUGAUAAAUCACGUUUCUUUCGUGUAGGUACUAUAGGUGAUAAUUAUUUUCGAAUUGUACGACACCAUGGAAGAUCGCGACCCUAACAAGGAAUACCUGCAACACUACAUUGCCAAGCAAGACACGGUACUGAUACGGCUAUACGGUGCGUGCCCCGUUAAUGUUAACGAGCUGCGUGUGGGAAUGCUUGUAGAAGCACUGGAGGAUUUGAAGGAGAGUAGGUUGAAGGUCCGCGUGAUCGACCCCAUCGACGGAUCUAAGAUCUGGUGCGGUACGGAAUGGCGUUGCCACAAGUACGAUCUAAUCCCUGUGUCGCACAAGAUCUGGCAGUACUUGCUCACCGUACAAUCCCCUCAGGAAAGAAUCCGAAUCGCGAACGACGAGGCUCUGUGCGAGCGAAUAAGGAGUAUCUCUGUCAACGACAGGGUCUGGUACUGCUCAGACUCUUCUAACAGACGAGCUAAAGAGCUUGCGCUUGUCAGAUACAUCGGACCUGUGAAGCAACUCGGAUUAGGACAUUACUUUGGCCUUGAAUUAUUGGAAAGCCAAGAAGUAUCCAAAACAUCUCUAUUGGCCAAAGAGUAUAAUAUUUCUACGCAUUCAAAUGCUAGUGCAACAUUUGCUACUGUAAAUAAUAUAUAUCCAUAUAAAGUUGAAUCUGACAUAAUUUCUGGCAAUAUUGAAAAAACAUUCUUAAAGAGUAACACAGGAACCGACUAUACUAAUGAUAAAAAAAGAUCUGUGCUUGAUAGUACACCGGCUGUUUUAUUAGAACAGUUUACCUUGUUCGAUGACAAUAAGAACAACAAUCAAGAAUCAGUCAACGUAUUGAAAGAACGUCAUCAGGCUGCAAAAUCGAAUCUCGAAAAUAAUGUUGAUAAUUAUACUAAAAGCGUCGAUCAUGCUCUAUUUAAAUGUGGUAAUCCACUAGAAAAAAACGAAAUCGAAAAAUUCAGAGUAGAGAACAAAGGAGAUUUGAUAGUGGGUUCUCCCGUAAAAGUACUUCUGGAUUCUGAUAUUCAUUAUGGAGUCAUUCGAUGGAUUGGCACACUGUCUGGUGUAAGUCCUGGCAAAUUGAUGGCAGCAGUCGAAUUGGAUGAUGGACAUCCUUUAGGUACUGAUGGAACUUAUAAAGAUGUCAGAUACUUUCACUGUAGGCCUUACAAAGCUAUAUUUACAGAUAUUGAACACUGUUCUUAUUACGAAAAUACGAAGCUCAAUGAACAGUCGACACUUACAAAUAACGAUAAUUUUGGUAACAUGGAGAGCUCUGUAAUCGCAGGCAUAGUACGACCUAUCUCCCUUAAAGGAGACUUGGAAAGUAUAUGCGGGAAAUAUCGUGGUAUUCAGGGUCAUCACAAUUCGUGCUAUUUAGAUGCCACUCUUUUCAGCAUGUUCACAUUUACUAGUGUGUUUGACAAUCUUUUGUUUCGACCACCAAAUGAAAAAGAUUGUCCGCAAUAUGAAGAAGUGCAAAGAGUUUUGAGAGAGGAGAUUGUGAAUCCGCUUAGAAAGAACAUGUUUGUCAGAGCGGAUCGUGUAAUGAAGCUUAGAACGUUGCUCGAAAAAUUAUCGUCAGUGUCCGGUCUUACUAGCGAAGAAAAAGAUCCGGAAGAAUUCUUAACAUCGCUAGUUGCUCAGAUUUUAAAUGCCGAACCGUUCCUUAAAUUAAGCUCCGGACAGGAUGCGUAUCACUAUCAAUUGUUUGUCGAAAAAGACGACCAUUUAAAUUUGCCGACUGUGCAGCAAUUAUUGGAGCAGAGUUUCCUGACCAGCAACAUCAGAUUAAAAGAAGUUCCUUCGUGUCUUAUUAUACAAAUGCCACGUUUUGGAAAAUCAUAUAAAAUGUAUCAGAAGAUACAGCCUACAUUACUACUCGAUGUGACAGACAUUAUCGAGGACUCACCCAGACAAUGUACAGUGUGUGGCAAAUUGGCAGAAUUCGAGUGCAAGGAAUGUUAUGGACAAUGUGGCGUCGGUCUCGAAAGUAUAGCUUUUUGUUUACAGUGUCUUGAAAAAGUACAUCGUCAUGAACGAAGAACUAAUCACGAACCGAAGAAGCUGAUUGUCCCUAUGGAAUUUGCAAUUCUGCAAGAACAUUGUCCCGUACCACGUCUGUACUUGGAACUUUCUGCAGUAGUUUGCAUCGAAACCUCACAUUACGUCUCAUUUGUAAAAUGUGGCCCUGGUUCAGAGGCACCAUGGUGCUUUUUUGAUUCAAUGGCUGAUAGAAAAGGCGAGCAAAAUGGAUACAAUAUACCAGAAAUGGUACCAUGUCCAGAUUUUCCUUAUUGGUUGAGUGAAGAAGGAGGAAAUUAUUUGAUUGAAUUGACAGACGACCGGCAUUUACCAGAACAUGCAAAACGUUUACUUUGUGACGCUUAUAUGUGCAUGUAUCAAUCCCCUGAUGUUAUGAUGUACAAAUAACUUUAAUCGACUUAUAUUUUAGAUAAUAACGUCAGUUUCGACAUUACUCGAGAAAUGUGCAAUAUUCUGUUUAUUGCUUUCCCUAAUAAUUUUACAUAAAUUACGAUGUACAAUUAUUAGUAAUUAUUAAAAUAAAUCGAGGACUCGAAAAUACAACUUAUGUACAAAGUAGAGAUAUGUUUGUAUAUGCAGAGAAAUAUAAAUUCUAGAAAAAAGAACUGUCAAAA